CUCAUUGACCGCGAGUUGAUGAUUCCUGUUCGUUUGGGUGUACUCUCAAGUUUAAAGAUUAAACUAUGGUGCAAGAUUUAUAAACGAUAUAGAAUUUCAUGGUUUUGUGGAACAGUGAGAAGACUUUAGGCUCAAUAUUUAAACAUUGAAACUUACAAUUAAAUAUUUUUUAUUAUAAAGAAUCAAAAUUAAACUUCUAUGACAUUACCUUAAUAUACUGUAUAAUUAUUAUUCAAUCAAGAACAACUUUGGAUUAGUUAAAUAUUCAGAGGCCUGAUCAUACAUUAAAAUCUCAUCUAAUUUAGCAUCCUUUAAAAGAAUGAUACUGCAAGGAUACUAUUUUUAGCAAUUCAUAAAUAUAUUGCUCAGUCAAAAAAAUGAUGAAAUAACAUUCAGAUUUAUGAGGAUCAAUACUAUCAUGAAAGAACAAAUCAUGAUUUUCACAAUACCGUCAAAUGAUGGAAUUCCUUCAUUUGAAAACUGGACAAACUCUUCUCUAUUCAUCUCAAAAUAUAACAACAUAUCCACGCUCUUGAGUGAAAACGACGACAAAGGUAACCUCAUAGAACCACCCCUAAGUGUUCUAGAAAGUGACCUAACAGGUGUGGUUUGCCUCUCCAUUCUCCUCGGCUUCAUCAUCCUCACGACCAUCGCCGGAAAUAUUUUCGUCCUUGCUGCCAUUCUCAGGGAACGCAAUCUUCAAACUUUGAGCAAUUACUUGGUCUUCUCGCUGGCCAUUGCCGACUUAAUGGUGGCCUGCCUGGUCAUGCCCAUCGGUGCCCAGUACGAAGUAAUGAACCAGGAAUGGAUCUUGGGAUCGGCGAUGUGUGAAAUAUGGACUUCGGGGGAUGUCCUGUGCUGCACAGCCUCGAUACUGCACUUGGUGGCCAUUGCAGUGGACCGCUAUUGCGCCGUGACCAACAUCAAUUAUGUCCAGUAUCGGAGUCCUAGAAGAGUCGGGUUUAUGAUUGUGACCGUUUGGGGUGUCUCGUUUCUUGUUUCUUUUGCUCCGAUAUUGGGAUGGAAAGAUGAAGAAUUUUCUCUCAGAGUCCAGGUUGAGAAAAGGUGUCUUGUAAGCCAAGACAUUGGAUAUCAAAUCUUUGCUACAUGCGCCACUUUCUACGUGCCCCUGCUGGUCAUCCUCAUCCUCUACUGGCGUAUCUACCAAGUGGUACGAAAGAGGAUCCGACACAGGCCUGGAAAUGCGAUACGUCCAGCAGCUUUGCUGCCACUGGUGUGCGCAGAAAACCUGACGGACAUGGCAUCACUCAAUGGAUCUGCCAAAACAAAUACAACAUCGAAAAUGCGUCAGAAAAGCCGCGAUCAUCUCGAGUCGAAGAGAGAGAAGAAGGCAGCCAAGACGCUUGUCAUCAUCACCGGCGUCUUCGUCGUGUGCUGGCUGCCCUUCUUCGUCAUGGCCCUGCUGAUGGCUCUCAAUCCAACUCUGGUGCCAGAUGCCACGCUCUUUUCCAUCUUCCUGUGGCUCGGAUAUGCUAACUCCACCCUCAACCCCCUCAUCUACACGGUGUUCAGUCCGGACUUCAGGAAGGCAUUCUCGAAGCUGUUCUGCAGAAACAGACAACCUGUGCGGAUGCGAUCUUCAAGGCUUAGAGGCAUGUCGACAGCUGAUACAACAUUUUGAAAAGCUUUCUUAAUUC